AUGGCCAACGUGCAAGACCGUGGCCCGCCGUCUGCGGCAGCAAUAGCAAUCGGCACAGCUCUGAUCAGUGGCAUCACGGGGUACUAUCUGGGCCAGCUCCGAUCCAUCUUGCCAACGCGGCCUGUCGCGUCCGGCCCAUCGCCUAAAUCUCCAAACACUGGUGAAAUUACAGAUGAUGACAGCGAUGCCAUGUCCGACGAUGACGCGUUGGAUCAGGGUGAAAUCAACGCGUUCCCAGACAGCAACGAGGAAUGCAAGCUCGUAUUGUGUGUGAGGACCGAUCUUGGCAUGGGCAAGGGCAAGAUAGCCGCUCAGUGUUCACAUGCCACGCUCGCCUGCUACAAGGCCCUGCUGCGAGCAGAUCCGGCACACCCGAUAUUGAAGCGAUGGGAGCGACUCGGCCAAGCCAAAGUCGCACUGAAAGUGACGAGUGAGGAUCAAUUGCUGCUGCUCCAAGCACAGGCCGUCAGUCUCGGCAUUUGCGCUCAGGUCAUACACGAUGCUGGCCGGACUCAAAUCGCCGCGGGCUCUGCUACAGUUCUAGGAGUUGGACCUGCGCCCAAGAGCAAGAUCGACGAGGUCACCGGACAGCUCUCGCUGCUCUGA